AUGAAACGCUUUCUUCGAACAGCGCUCAUGUCUGUGAGAUUUCUGUUCAUGAUCUUGUUUCCACUUGCAGUUGCGAUGGAACAAGAACGCUGCAUGCCUGAGGAUCACACGAACGUGGCAAUUCCUUUUCGCUUGCUGUAUAGAGGUAAGUUUAAUUUUUGUUUGAGGAAUUAAGUCCUUAACCCUUAAGCCUGGUUCACACGAUGAAAUAAGCAUAAGCAAGCGGAACCUUUGAUGUAAACAUAAGAAGAACAAAUGUUGCGUUCUUCUUAUGCUUACGUUUAUGCGCAUCAAAGGUUCCGCUGCUUGUGCUUAUGCUUAUUUCAUCGUGUGAACCGGGCUUAAUCUUGCUUCUAAUUGAUACAACUAUAAUCUAUAUAUUGUUCUUUAUUUUUAACGUUUCCAUGUCAUUUUUGCAACAAUUUUAGUUAUCCAGCUAUUUUCAUUGCCUGAUAAAUAUUCUUUUCGUUGCAGAUGUUUGCCCUUUGAUAAAUAAUAUUUUGUCUGAAGCGACGUAUGAGUUCCAGAAUCAUUGUGCCAUGAAGUGUUUGCAAUAUCCACUCUGUGCUGGAUACAAUUUUAAGAAAAAGCACCAGAAGAAGACUCCAAACUGCCAGUUAACAAACACGCUGGAUCACAACUUUCAUGAUUGCAACACUGGUGACAAAGGCUGGAUAUUUUAUCAUCCCGUUGCUCCAAGAAAG